AUGGAAUGCCAUUUGCUUGGUGGGUUGGCCGUGCCAAUGAAAAGCAUCUUUACUGGGGAGGAUCUCUUCCGGGCAUUCAACAGUGUGCAUGUGGACUGGAAGAAAGUUGUCUGGAUAUGAGAUAUUUUUGCAACUGUGAUGCAGAUAGAGAAGAAUGGACAAACGAUACCGGCCUCCUUGCUUUCAAAGACCAUUUGCCUGUAACUCAGAUAGUGAUCACUGACACAAACAGAUCAAAUUCUGAGGCUGCUUGGAAAAUCGGCCCUUUGCGUUGCUAUGGAGACAGGCAGUUCUGGAAUGCCGCUUCCUUCAACACAGAGGCCUCCUACCUGCAUUUCCCCACCUUCCACGCCGAGGUCAGCGCAGACAUCUCCUUCUUCUUCAAGACUACUGCUGUCUCUGGGGUAUUCUUGGAAAACCUUGGGAUUAAAGACUUCAUACGAGUGGAAAUAAGCUCCCCCAAAGAGAUCACCUUCUCCAUAGAUGUCGGGAAUGGCCCCACAGGAGCUACUGUGCAGUCUCCCACACCGCUGAAUGACAACCAGUGGCACUACGUCCGAGCGGAGAGGAACCUCAAGCAAACCUCUCUCCAGGUGGACAGCCUCCCCAAGAAGGUCCUCGAGGCACCUGCUGAAGGGCACUUUCGCUUGCAGCUCAACAGCCAAUUAUUUGUAGGGGGAACAGCUUCCAGACAAAAGGGCUUUUUGGGAUGCAUUCGAUCUCUGCGUUUAAAUGGACAGAAACUUGACCUUGAAGAGAGAGCUAAAAUGGCACCCGGUGUUAAACCUGGAUGUCCAGGACAUUGCAGCAGUUACGGUAACCUGUGCCAUAAUGGAGGAAAAUGUGUGGAGAAGUAUAAUGGUUACUCCUGUGAUUGUACCAACUCAGCCUAUGAAGGUCCUUUCUGCAAGGAAGAGGUUUCUGCAUUAUUUGAAGCUGGCACUUCCAUUACCUAUAUUUUCCAAGAACCUUAUCCUGUCACAAAAAAUGCAAGCACCUCAAGCUCUGCCAUUUAUGUGGAUGCUGUCAUGUCCAAGGAAAAUAUUGCAUUUAGCUUUCUCACGGCACAUACUCCAAGCCUUCUGCUGUACAUCAACACCUACUUUCAUGAAUAUUUGGCUGUGAUUCUCUCCAAGAAUGGAAGUUUACAGGUCAGAUACAAGCUGAGUAAAGACGGGCUCCUCAUUUUCACCAUUGAUUCUGGAAAUUUUGCCAACCGAGAGCUGCACCAUGUGAAGAUUAACAGAGAAGGCAGAGAGCUAAUCAUUCAGGUUGAUCAAGUUCUCAAACUCAAACACAACUUUUCUGAGAUUGAUUUUAAGGCCAUUAAAUCACUCACCUUGGGCAAGGUCACAGAUAGUUUGUCACUGGACCCUGAAGUCUCAAAGGCAAAUGCCUAUGGUUUCACUGGCUGCCUGUCCUCUGUUCAGUACAACCACAUUGCUCCCCUGAAAGCUGCCUUACGCCAUCCCAGCAUUGCUCCUGUGACUGUCAAAGGCUCCUUGACUGAAUCCAGCUGUGCAUCCAUAAUGGAAGCUGAUGUGAACACAGUAACCACGAUAUAUUCCUCAUCAGAUCCUUUUGGGAAGACAGAUGAAAGAGAGCCUCUCACCAACGCAGUCAGAAGCGAUUCAGCUGUGAUUGGAGGUGUAAUAGCAGUUGUGAUAUUCAUCAUCUUUAGCAUCAUUGCCAUCAUGAGCAGAUUUCUCUAUCAGCACAAACAAGCGCAUCGAAGUAGCCAGACAAAGGAGAAGGAAUACCCAGAGAACCUUGAGAGCUCCUUUAAAGCUGACAUUGACUUGCAGAACACAGUGAGCGAGUGCAAACGGGAAUAUUUCAUCUGAUGGACAAUGCAAUUUCUUCUUACUCUUACUCCCCUAACCUUCCUUCCUUUAUUCCUUUCUUCCUUCCUUUUUUCUUUUUGUAAUUUUUUUUUUGAACAUUAAUUUUUGCUAACUUCUUUUUCAUUUGGAAAAGACCGCCCUGCACAGGAAACACUGACAACAGUCACAGUGCCUCAUUCUCUGCACAAGAACCUGGCAGUCACAAUUUACUUCUGCAACUCAAGAGACCUGUUAUCCCACCCUACACAAAAUAAGAUCCACAUGCACACUUCAUUUCUGCUGUGGGUUCCUGGAUGUUUCAAAGUCCCUACAUUUUUAUUUGUGUUUUUCUCUGGAGCCGUUUAAUUCACCACUUUUACACUAGAGCUGGACUAUGUAAAGUAGAGGUAAAGUAGCUGAACACAUAGCUCUACAGAUACUGGGACAGGAUAGAGGGAAAGAAUGAGACCAAAAUGCCUGAUUUAUUUUACAGGCUCAUUUACAACAAUCAUAAAGAACUGGCCAAAUUCUCAAAUGAUAUGAAUUGAUAUAUAUCUAUUGAUUUCAAUGAUGUUACAUUAAUUUAUACCAGUUGAGAAGCUGGUAUGAGGUAAGGAAAAAUAAAACUGUCCUCAUUAAGCUCCUUCCCCCAACCUCCUGUCCUUUUACUGUAACUUUUAGGCUUAUCAGUACUUUUCCAACAAUAUAUGUAUCAACAAUAAAUGUCAUUCCUGUGCACUUCUUUCACCUCCAUCUCAUAAGGCUGGCUAUGUAGACUCAACAUACUCUAGCAUAACCCUAGCUGAAGCAUGGAAAAUAGUAGCUUGAAUCUCCAAGGGUUUUAGGAAGCUGCUAGGACUUAGGUGCUCUAUAUUUGUCUGAAAUGUUAGAAAUGCAGCGUAUACCUGUUCAUGCCAUAUGGAGGAUUAUCACGUGCUGAGGUUAAACACUGUUGCCACUGUGGCAAACAAAAAGUACAUAAACAAGAAAAAACAAAAAUAGUUUAAUCUUAAACAUGAGUCAUGCCUUCUGCCAGUUCUGCU